UCACGUUCCACGUCUGUUAUGCCAGCCAACGAUUCCAAAGAAGACAAUGCACCAGAGGGCGAGGUAGAAGAGAGUGAUAAAGAAGACGACAAGUUGUACUGUGUAUGCAAGACCAGAUAUAACGAGGAUCGGGUGAUGAUUGCGUGUGAUAGAUGCGAUGAGUGGUAUCAUACACAGUGUGUCAAUAUGCCUGAUCUCGAGAUCGACUUAGUCGAUCAAUUCAUUUGCCCGCCGUGCGUGAAGAAGAAUCCAGAGCUCCGUACAACUUGGAAGCGACGGUGUCUGUAUGGUCUUCGACACGAAAAUCCUUCCUCACCAAGCGCAUGCCACAAACCCGCCCGUGGCGCCUUUUCUAAGUAUUGCUCAGAUGGGUGCGGUAAAAAGUACAUGGAAAUGCAUAUUUCAAAAUGGGAAUCCAGCGGUGGCAAUCGAGAUGCACUUUGGGAGGAGGUCAAGCACGCAGAAAAACGGGAGGGCGUAGUUGUCCGCCUGGACGAAAACAUUGGGAGAACGUCAGCUGGCGGUGAAGUUCACGUUGACGGCACCCGAGAAAGUUUCCCCGAGGUACCCUCCAAAUGCAGAGUUGAAUGGGAAAUCGGUCGGUUGAAUGCACGUCUUGAGGAGGUUGUGAAGCAGAGAGAAGUAGUCAAACUUGAGAUGGAUAUGGUACUGUGGCGAGAAAAGCUUGUCAACCUGGCUGCCCAACGUGCUGCGAAAAUGGACGAAUGCGGUUGGGACCAGAGGCUUUGCUUCGGAAAAGAGGAGUGGACAGAUUUUGGAGCGGAAGUGCUAGACAGCUACGAGGAGAAAAUGGAACAUGGGAAUGACACUAUGCAUGUCGACGACACAUCAUCUAACCAUGGAGAAUGGUGGUGCGUCGGUAAAAAGAAAUGCGAGCGCCAUGCUGGAUGGCAGAAACUCCGAAUGGCGGAGGUCUCAUUCGAUAAAGAAACGAAAGAAGGGGUACUUGUCAAACUGACAACCUGUGAACGCGAGAUACGCAAACGCAUCGAAGAUAUCCUGUACCCCCGAGCUCAUAGCACAUCUCAGAAAGCACUUGUCCCGCUAAGCCCGGGACUUCGCCUCAACGGAACCCAUAACUCCUAA